GCCUUCCUCAGAGGGGACGUCCGGCCGUGUCCGCUACACUGUCCUUUGCUGUUUAUUCAUUUCCAAUUUUCAUUGUCCGUCUUUCUCAUUACAGUUAGGGUAGGACGGGUUUAAAAAAUCUGCGAACAGUUUGCUUUAACCGGUUUAGCGCGAUGAAGCUCUAAUGAACACGGUAAAAUCCCGGAAGAUAAAUAUGAUUAACCUGUGUUCAGGUGUCCAAUCCCUACGUAUCCGUCAAAAAAUGUACGUGGCCCGCUGUUAAAAUAAGUGGCCGACAUCGCCUACAACACAGUGCAGUCGUAUAUGCACAAUUACUGUACGGUGCUGUACUACUUGCACGGUUAAAAUGCUUGUGACGGCCCUUGUAUAUGUGUUUCCCUAUUGCCCGUGUGCUGAAAUGAAUUUGGCUAUGGCUUGAUAUGUUUAUGCAAAACAGUUAUUUACGGUGCUUUACUGAUGCGAUAUAUGAUCUCAUCUUUUAUUUUUAUUCUGUUACGUCGAGGAGGCUGACGCGCUGCUUUUUUUUAGUUUAUUGUGCUCAAAAACAUGAGGCGCUUGGUUUGUGUCAGAUGCAACCGUACUAAAUAAAAUGUAAUUAACCCAGUAAUGAAGAGUCUGCGUUAAAUGAAGCCGAUUUUACAUGAGAAUUUCUAUUAUGCGCUUGUAAAUAAACAUAAACUGCCAUGGUCCUUGUCAACAGUUUUGACGGGCUGCUCACAGAUUCCGAAUUUACGAAUUUGUGUGGCAGAAACUAGGGAUUUGCGCCGUAUCGCCAAUUUUCACUUAGUUAUCUAGUGAAACUUUUGUUUUUGGACAGCAGCCUCUGGGGAUGAUUUUGUACAGUGUCAAUGUCAUAUGUAUUUAUAGGUGUGGCCACUGUCAGAAACUGGCCCCUGACUAUGAAACCGCUGCAACUCGACUUAAGGGGAUUGUACCUUUGGCGAAGGUCGAUUGCACUGCAAACUCCGAGACCUGCAGCCGUUUUGGAGUCAAUGGGUACCCGACACUGAAGAUAUUCAGAAACGGCCAGGUGGCUUCCGCGUAUGAUGGACCCCGCAGUGCAGAGGGCAUCGUGAGCUCCAUGAAGAAGCAGGCCGGCCCCAGCUCAGUGCCCCUCCACAGUGAAGAGGAGCUGAACUCCUUCAUCAACCAUUUUGACGCCAGCGUGGUCGGAUUCUUCUCUGGGAGCGACAGUCCGCAGCUGACUGACUUCCAGAAAGCAGCGAGUGCUAUGAGAGACAGCUACCGCUUCGGCCACACCACAGAGCCGGGCCUGGGCUUCAAGCAUGGGGUGGAGACAGAGAGUGUUCUGCUGUUUCGGCCCCCACGGCUCAGUAGCAAGUUUGAGGACAGCCUGGUAAAGUUCGGCGAGUCCAUCUCAACUGCCUCACUCCGGCGGUUCAUCCGAGAUAACAUAUUUGGACUGUGUCCACAUCUGACCAAUGAAAACAAAGAUAGUCUGAAGGGGAGGGACCUGAUGACCGUUUACUAUGAUGUGGAUUACCUGCGCAACCCAAAGGGCACCAACUACUGGAGGAAUAGGGUGAUGAAGGUGGCAUCCCAGUUCCAAUCGCAAGGCCUACAUUUCGCGGUGGCUGACCGGCAGGAGUUCCAGGACCAGCUGGAGGAAGAGUUCGGCGUGGAGCCAUCAGAGUUAGGGGAGCUGCCCCUAGUGACCAUCAAAACACGUGAGGGCAACAAGUACAUCAUGCAGGAGUUCACAAGAGACGGUAAAGCCCUGGAAAGGUUCCUGGAGGAUUAUUUUGCUGGGCGUGUGAAACGCUACAUUAAGUCUGAACGGCCCCCCGAAACCAACAGUGGUUCCGUCAAGGUAAUAGUGGCAGAGACAUUUCAGGAGAUAGUGAAUGACCCAGCAAAGGAUGUGCUGGUCGAAUUCUACGCCCCCUGGUGUGGGCACUGCAAGAACUUGGAGCCCAAAUACGCAGAACUAGGAGAACGGUUGUCUGGUGACCACAACAUUGUUGUCGCCAAGAUGGAUGCCACUGCCAAUGAUGUGCCACCCAGCUAUGAUGUCCAGGGAUUCCCAACAAUCUACUUCUCCCCAGCUGGAAAGAAGGAUUCACCUAUACGAUAUGAGGGUGGUCGGGAUGUUGAAGACUUCCUGAACUUUCUGAAGAAGGAGGCGACACACCCCUUGGUGCUGAGCUCCACCAGGGAAGACUUGUGAGGAGGAGGAGGAGGAGGAGGAAGGGGCGCUGAUGGCGGAAAGGAGAGGCAGGCAGAUUGGUAAUGAAGAGGUGCAAAUAUCUCUGACAAGGACAUACUGCCCUGCAGUUAGACCCACAAUCGCACAGAUUCCUCCGCAAAUUCAAAAGAAACUGGUGAGAUAUCCAUUGCACCUGAUCCUCUGGAUAAAGUCUGCUGUCCACCAUCGAUAUAGAAUAAGAUAGAUAAGAAUUCCAAGUUUUCUGAAAGCCGGGAUGUGGUGGUGAUGGCUGUAAAAUAUCACAUAAAGAUGUGAGAAGCACAGAGCAGGAAUGCUACAGGACUUGACAAACUUCAAGGAGGAUUACACAACUGCUAGCUAUAGCCCUCGAUCACUUUCUCUCUGUGCCUUUCUAUCUCACAUGCACAGAUAUUCUUCACCCUUUUUUUGUCAUAGGACAGGCAGCUAUUGGUAGUGAAGUUAUAUUUUAUUGAAAUUGUACCUAUGCUGUCUGGGAUAGGCUCUGCCCUCGAGAUUGAUGGAUGUUGUCAUGAAUGCUGGUAUUACAGAAAUCCACCAGUUGUUAGAGAAUGUAUAUAACUGUCAAACGCUGCAGAUCUGAAGACACUGUAUGUCACCAUUUACAUUUAUCUACAAAUAAUGUUUAUUUUCCCUGGACGGUUCUACAAUCAGCCAAGAUGUGUGUGGAGUUCUGUGGCAGUUAUCCUUCUAAUGUCCCAAUACUCCCAAUGCAAGGUAGCAACUAAAUACAUCUUGUCUGUUGGCACUCUACUAUCUGCAGGUAAAUGGGACAACAGCACCCUGCAGUACAUGUUUAUUCAACUGAACACUUAAAUCAGUCUACACUUUAGCUAACGUUAUUAUUCAUGAAGUUCAGUCCUUUACCAAAUCUUGACUGUUACAUAUCUUUUGCUUCUUAAUUCUGAAGGAUUGCACCAAAAUAAGUACUUGAAUUUUUUUUAACUCGAUGAAAAACGAUUUCAAUAUCUUAAGGUUAUAGUUUUAUUUUGGGGUGAGAGGCUGUGUGUUUUCCUGUGUAUUUUCGCUUGCAAUUUUCCAUUCGAAAAUAAACCUUUACACAAUAAAAGAAUGGCUUCAGGUUAA